AUCCUGAAAAGUAUUGGAUAAACCGCCCUUCUACAGACUGUGGUGGUUUUGUGGAAGAUUUUGGUGGAGCAAUAACUAUGAUGAAUAUGGUUCCUAGUAAUACAAUCAGAGCCUUUGAUUGUAUAUGGUUGAUCAGGCCUCGCAAUUCACACGUGCCAGAUACACAAGUUGCAAUAAGGGUUGCUCAAUUUGAAGAAAUGGGUCCGAAAUCAGCCUUAACUAUUCGUCAAGGUCAACAUUCUGAUGCUCCUGUACUGGAGUCUGUGACGACAUAUCAACAUCAUAAAAUGCCUCGCGGUCAAGAGUUCGUUGUACCAGCUACCAGUGGAUUUUACAUACGUUUAGUUGGAUAUUUUACAAAUAAAUCUCAUUUGGCCAUCAUUUACACAACCUUUAGAUAUGAAGGUUGCUAUGCAACGUCUGAUUUUGAAUGUGAUAAUGGAAGAUGUGUUAAGACUGUCCUGAGGUGUGAUGGAUUUAACCAUUGUGGCGAUGGAUCAGAUGAAGCUUCUUGCUAUGGUACCAACGUGGGUACAGCCGUACCAGAAGAUGCAAACUGGUGGAGAACAUUGACACCAAACUACUAUUUUCCCAAAUCUGAUUCUGGAUCAGGUGCUGGAACCAACACUCUGAUACUUGUAACAAGUUUAGCUGGUCUAGGUAUGUUUGUUCUAACAACGGUCAUGAUUCUUGUCAAGUUACAUCGCCAAAGACAUGACGACACCAUUAGCAGAGAAAUACUUCACACUAUCAGUGCAGAUUUAGAUAUGGAAAAUUCUCCUGGUCACCAACAUGGAUCAGAUCCUCCUCAUUAUGAUCCUCCCCCAUCAUAUGAAGAUGUUAUUAAACUCUACCUACCUCCUCCACCUCCUUACAGUAGCAUCAAUCGUGGUCGGACCAGAGCUAAUCGAACUCGCGGAACAGGUGUAGAAAACAGAGCAUAUAGAAAUGAUAGCCCAAAUGGGGUGCGAGUUCAUACUAGGAGACAGCGUUCUAGAGUUGUCCCUACAGAUAACAACUUACCACUCAUAUUAAAGGUGGCAUUACCUGAAGAACAUAUACCAAGUCCACCUCCUCCAAUCCGGGAACGGAUUAGUGACAAUAUUGUGGGAACGGCUUCCUCAUCACAGGAUGCACCGCCAUACACAGUGGAAGAUGUCCAAAGAUCGUUUGAGUUCCUUGAUUCACAUUUAGAAGCUGGACAAAGCGGUGAAGGAAAUCUGAACCAGUCAAAUUCUAGUCCAUCAACACAAGAGGAUAUCAGGAUGAAACCUCGCGUUGAUACAAUAGUUUCCUGCGAUUGUGAAGGAGCUUGUUCCUGUCAAUUGAUAAGCAAUCAAAAGCAAGUAACUCGAUGCAGCAGUGAAAGUAAAGCUGCAGGUGGAAAUAAUACUAAAUUAGACAAGGCUUCUGUUUCUAAAAAGAGAAGCUUUAAAGACUUAAUGCAGAAAGGCAUAAGUAGAUCUUCACAAAGUGCAAUAAUACCACACCCAGCUUCGAUGACUAUAACAAUACAUCCACCCAAAUCAAAGAAUCCAGCCAAAGGUGAAAGAUUUGAGAAAUCAAGAAGUGCAGGACCUUCUUCUCCGAUUGAAACAAGUCCGCCAGAUUAUGAUACAGAUAUAGAUCUCAUCACCACGACCAAUGUCCUCAAGAGGGUAUGUUCUGGUCCGUCAGAUAUCAGUACGUCCUUAAACUUCAUUGCCGAAUAUCCGCCGAAAGUAAAUGCUAUGGAAUCCCAAAAAUCUGUUUCAGAGAAUCAGAUUACAGGAGAAAAACCAUCCAUUAGUCAGGUGAAACAUUUAGCGUCUGUUAUUCUUGAUGGACUUCAACAGUCAUUCAGUUCUAAAAGUGAGGAGACUGCACCUGCUCAGUCGACAAGUCAAAAAGAUGAUGACAAAUCUAUAGUGCCAGUAAAUUGGACUAAUUUGUUGAUUCCUACUCGUAAACGAGCUUUAGAGCCAGUUGCUGGUUCGGAAAAUGUCAAAAAUGAAAAGUCUUGGACGGCCAGUGCAGACACACUUCCUUUACUGACAAGCGGAUCUCAACAGCCGGCAAUUUUGAAAUUUGACGGAAGUAAACUAUCGCAAAGUCUGACAAGUGAUAUUGAAAAAGUAUCGAAUGAUUAAGUUAAUUUAGACUCCAUUUGUUGUGCAGUUUAAUCAAGUUAUUGUUUAAAUAAAUGUUUUACUGCAACCCAAAAAUUCUGACCUUAAUGGUCAUAAUAAGAGCUUCUUGUUGAAUUUUUAUUGGAAAUAUUUUGAUUCCAAAUCGUUAACUUUAAAAAAAGUAAAUAAUCCUGACCAAGAUACGUUAGAAUAAAUUCCUCUUACAAAUUAUAUUCAUUAAAUUUACAAACCAAACUUCUUUAAGAAGUGUAUGUAAGACGGUAAAUAAAAAAAGCAGUUUGUUUCAAGAGAGAAAUGAAAACUGGGUAUAUCUGAUACUACCACUUUUUUGCAAAAUGUAAUACCACAAAUGUACCGUCAAGAAAUAGUAUGCUAAGUACACUUUCUGUACUCAGAGGAAGUUAAAGCAUUUGUGUUGUUCAUAAAUAUUUUAUUAAAAUUUGGUGCUUCAAGCACACAAAUGGUGAAUAACAGUAGUUUUGACCUCUCUGACCACAGAAGGCAUACAACAGCAUAUUGUUACUUGGUGGUAUAGGUGGGUCCAUAGCAUCUCAAAAUUGACUAGGUACACAAUGAGUACUCCUCUUAUUUCUCUACAAUUAUACUCACGGUGAAGUUAGAUACACUCUACCUUUGUUUCUUUCUGGUAAAACGAAAAUCUGCUUGUACUUUUUACGUAAGAAAUUACAUGAAUUUUCAAAAUGAAAUCAAACCAAUUUAUACUGUAAUAAUACACUUUGUUUCAUGCUAUAAGUAUUAAGCUUAGAAACAUAUCAUAACUAUUUAAGUUGGGAAAUCUGUAAAGAUAUGCAUAUUUGAUGUGCCAUUUAUUCUAGUUAUUUGUUUACAUUUUAAAGAACUUUAAUAAGAUAUAAAUAUUUCAUUUGAGUUACUGAAAAAAUAAAAGAUUUAUGUAUGGAAUUUGAAACUCACCAGUCAUGAUUUGACUAAUCCAUAUCUUUGGACAGAUUAAAAAAAAAUGUACUUCCAUUAUACAUGUACAUAUCUAUUCUUCAGAUCAUGUUGACUAUUUUGUGAUAAUAUGUAAACUAUAUGUUGUAAUUAGUUACUACUUGUUUUGUUUCAUUUAAUUAGUUAAAUUUGAGAAUAAAUAAUAUGAUUGUA